GUGGAAAUAACAUGGUAAUGAGCUUUAUUGACCUCGGCUUUCAGAGCCAGCAUUUUGAUUGGUGGAUUUCGAUCCUAUUCUCUUCAAGCUUUCAGUAUAAAUUGACGAAUCUCUGAAAAUGUGUCAUAUUCUAUCGAACAAACUCACGUUAACUCUAUAGAAACCUAUCAAGAUGUCUGGCCGUGGUAAAGGCAAAGCUAAGGGCACCAAAUCCAAGACUCGAUCAUCCCGUGCAGGGCUUCAAUUCCCAGUCGGUCGUAUCCAUCGUCAUCUCCGCAAAGGCAAYUAUGCUCAACGAGUUGGUGCCGGCGCUCCAGUUUACCUGGCUGCUGUSCUCGAGUAUUUGAGCGCCGAAAUCCUCGAGUUGGCCGGCAACGCUGCCCGYGACAACAAGAAGWCAAGAAUCAUUCCYCGYCACUUGCARUUAGCUGUCAGAAAUGACGAAGAGUUGAACAAGCUUCUUGGUGGUGUGACCAUUGCUCAAGGUGGUGUUCUACCUAACAUCCAAGCCGUCCUUCURCCCAAGAAGGCCGAAAAGAAAUCGUCAUAAGCAGCUUAUGUACCCAAACAAAAAACAACGGCUCUUUUAGGAGCCACCACUUGAUCGAAAGAUCAUGAUCAAUGCUUUCUACUCUAAAAAUCACUUUAACAAACCAAUAAUACUACGCGUCAUGGCUUUCAAGUUUUUUUAAUUUUAUGUUUAGCAUUUGAUUUUGAUUUCACAAAAAAUAACGUSUUGUCUAUGGCGCCAUAUUAACAAAAUUCAGAUAGUGAUUGAUAAC